AUGGCGCUGUCGGACGAAGACCUGCUGUCGGCGAUCAAGGUGCUGGCCCAGGACUUCCCCUUCAAGGAGGCCUCGGAGUGCCGGGAGUGGACCGACGAACUUGCGAGCAGGUGUGCCGAGCGGUGCGCUGAGAAGGACGCGGAGCCCUUGUCACCCGACGUCUGCAAGGCCAUCCUCCAGUUCGUGUUCAGCGUGGCCGCGCCCCAGGCAGCGGAGCACCGGCCACUCCAGUGGUCGUGCCUGGAGCUCGUGGCUGCCGCGGGGAGGGCCACCGCCAGGCAGGAAGGGGCGGGGAGCCGGGCGGACCUGCACGGCUUCCUCUUCCGCCUCGCCAAGAAGGAGGCGAAGUCCCAGCCGGUCUGGAAGCCGCGCAUGCUGAUCCUGAUGCUGCAGUGGGUUACCCGCUGGAUCCAGGUGUCCGGCUUCGGGAAGGUGCUCGAGGGGCUGGGCGAGGACGCCUUCGACCGGAAGGUGGUCACGUCGUUCGCAGAGGCGCUGUACGGCGAGCUCGGCGCCUCCGACCGAUGGAGGCCCAGAUGGAGCCUCAAGGCUUCGCGGUCCCUGUGCCGGCUGCUGCACCUCUGCCCCCUCUUCGCGGAGCACGCCGCCGGAUGGGUGGCGAAGAAGCCAGAGGAGGCGCCUGCUGUGUUGGUAGCUGCCCUGGGCGCCGAGUCCGUCGCCUACCCAGAGAGUUUCACAGGCCGCGGAGCCCUGGUCGAGGCGUACGCCAAGGGUGUCUUAGAGAGCAAGGGCGCAGCCUCCGACGGCAAUCUGGCCGCUUGGGCCUCGGUAGUCGCCGUGGUCACUCCCGAAGAGUUCGAGAAGCAGUUGCUCCCCCUCGCGCUCCGGAUGACCAAGAGGAACCCUGCAGCGACUGCCGCCUCCGUUCCCUCCAUGGCGUCGCACCUGCGACUGGACCUCUCGGGCCAGAGCAGGGAGCUGCUCGACCCGUACGGGCUCGAGCUCCUCAAGGACAAGGAGAAGCGGCCCCGCGGGCUCCGGCUCGUGAGGUCCGUCGCGCAGGGCUCCAGGGACGCGUGCGCGCUCCUGGCGGUCGUGGAGGCGUGGAUGGAGUCCCUGAAGAAGGCGGGCAAGGUGGACGACAAGCAGGCCAUCCUGCUCGCCACGGCCACGCUCGCCGACGGGCUGGCCCCGGGCGCGUGCGCGGGCGACGCGGCCGAGGUGGUGCGGCGGGUGCUCGACGCGAAGGGCGCCCUGGUGAAGUGCGCCGGGGAAGACGCGAACGAGGAGACCCGCGGGCUCGGCUACCGAGCGGUGGGCUCGCUGGCGUCGCAGCUCCCGGCGGCGGAGAGGGAGGCGGCCGUGAAGGUGCUGCUCAAGCCGCUCUCGGACAAGAAGGCGACGGAUCCCGUGAAGCUCGCAGCGGUCUCCGCGCUCGUCGGCAUCGCGCAGCUGGCAGGCGAGGCGCCCAUGCCGGGGUCAGGAGCCGUGCUCGAGGGCGCACUCCCGCUCGUGACGGUGGGGGCCACCAAGCCCGCACAGCGAUUCCAGAGCCUGCUCGCGUGGGCGGCCUGCGUCAGGUGCUCGGCCGACGACCUGGCCAAGGCGCUGAAGAAGGACCACCUCGUGGUGCUGAAGGACGGCUCGUCGUUCGUGAACUCCGUGGCCACCAUCCUGAAGGCGCCCGCGCCCGAGCUGCACGCCCAGGCCCAGCUGUGGGGAGCCCUGCUCGCCGGCCGGGUCGCGGGCCUGCUGGACCCCGCCGCCGCCGCCCAGGGCCUGGCGGAGAAGGGCUCGGUCCUGUGCAUCCCUCCGGCGCCGUUCGCCGAGGCCCUGCCCACCGCUCGCUCCGCCGUCGUGCUGCUCGCCUGCCUCCACGAGCGGGGCCGCGGGGACGGGGGCCAGGGCGCCGGCGCAGGACGUCCCAGCAGGCCUGCUGAGUCGCCCGCCGCCAGGGCGGGGCUGCUGGAGGCGGCGGCGGGCGCCGGCGGCUUCGAGCCCCUGCUGCUGCUGCUGGCGCAGGCCCUCUUGGCGUGGCUCGCCGAGCUGUCGCAGACGCCGGCCAAGCAACGCCAGGUGUCCAACGCGUCGCUCAGGGACACGCUGCUGGACCUGUGCAGGGCGGCCUCCCGCAGUUCCGUGGCCCCACGCCCGGAAACCCUGGCGCUGCUGGCGCUGGCGGCCCACCACCCGAUGCUGAGCUCGCGGGCGUGGCCGGCGCCCAAGCUCUGGGGCCACCUGUGCAGCGCCGGGCCGCUCGCGGAGCGCGUCGAGCAGGCCCCCGCCGCGCUGUGGCAGGCGGUGCGCACGCUCGUCGGCGCCGCGCGCGCGCUGCCGGCCGCGGACUCCACGGGCUUCCGCCGCGCCGCCUGCGCGCUGGCGGGGGCGCUGGACCCCGGCCGAGCGCCCGCCGAGGGCGCGAAGGAGACUGGAUGCACGCGGAGGUGA